AUCUGCCUUUCUGUUCAUGCCUUUGACAUCAGCUUCUUAAAGGCCAUGGGAGCCUCAGGCCACUUUGUAAUUUGAUUAAUCCACAGAAAGGGUAGCCAGACGCAGAGCUCUGUGGAUUGUGUUGGGAGGGAGACUGAACAGCUUUAGAAGAGAUGGAGACCCUAGUCUUUAUAUUUUCAUUUUCUGCCCUCGGCAUCCUUUAUGCCAUGAACACCAACCCUGUGUUACAAGAGCCGUAUACCAUCUUGGGGGUCGGCGUCGCUGUGCUGGUGGUUGUGUUUCUAUUCUACUUCCUCAUCACUCGUGGCAACCCACCUAAAGACCUCUUAUUCUUUGUUUUUGCUGAAUUUUCCUUCACGUGUAUCAUCGACCUGGUGAGCGCGCUAGAAUAUGAUGGCCUUAUCUCAGGUUUUAUGGAAUUCUACCAAAAGACGGGGGAGCCCUACCUGGGAACGUCCUACGCCAUCAUGAUGUGCUACUGGGAUGGAAUUGCACACUUUAUAAUGUACCUGAUCAUGAUCAGCAGGAUAACAGACAGGAAAGCGUACCGCACCAUUGGCUUGUUCUGGGCUGGUUCUUUGUCUGCCAACAUGAGCGUGUUCAUUACAGGGAUCGUGGCAGGUAAAUAUGCUUCUGAGAUUAACCCAGCCUUCUGGAUCAACUUUCUCUUCCUUCUGAUGCCAAUCAUUGGAGCCAUCACUAUAUUCACACGGCCCCAGGACAGACCACGGAUUGGUGGUUAUAAUGCCAUGCAAGUUCAGACCAUGAAGCUGAUCUGGCGUCCGAAGGACAUGAUACUGCUGGUGCUCCUCUUUGUUUCCAUGGCCUUCACUGUCCUCAGAGGCCUGGUGGCUCUGGACUCUCCACUGGAAGCUUGUUCGCUCUACCUGAGGCAGUAUGAACCCUACCUAAAGGAUCCUGUGGGCUACCCCAGAGUUAUGAUGCUGCACUUUUUGUUCUAUGGACUGCCUAUGCUGGGUGCCUUUGCAUAUGGUCUCCUCAAGCCUGCGUGCACAUGGAUGUUAGAUUGGACCGUUUUCUGUGCUGGAUUUAUGAUUCAGUGCCAGUGGGCCCAUAUCGGAGGGUCCCUCCACCCUCGUACCACGGCUCCUUUCCGUAUCCCCAAUGAUGCUUUCUGGUCUGUUCUGGUGCUCAACUUGCUCUACACUGCCACCCCCAUCCUGGUGGCCUUACGGGUGCACAGUAACCCCUAUUUCUUCCUGAAGAUCAACCCCUUUCCAGGGCAGACAGGUUUGCCAAACAGCGAGGAGAAGGAUACCAAGUACAAAGACAAAUAGUCAUUCAUCAUUUUCUCUGACCUUUGGAGUGAAUCUAUUGAGUUAUGAGAAACUGCUCCAUUUCAACUGCCACAUUUCUAAAGCCAAAACACAAGAUUAUUUUACUUAAGGUCUUUG